AUGUCCCCAAGAAAUUUAGUACCCCCGCUAAAAUCUCUUUGCUUAAGAACCAUCUCCAACAAGCUCAUACACGCAUUAUCGGACGAUGAAGGUGCGAAUUUUACACCCGUCGCCGAGUAUGUAUCGUCCGUAACUUUCGAAGUCCUGCAGGACCUGCUGGCAGUUAUACUGGAUUCGGUGAACUUGGACGCGAACAUCCGCUUCAGCUGCUUGGAACUGCUGCUCAGAACGGACGUUAGAAAACUGGACGUCGGCAUGUUCCCGCAAUUCUACUACACCAAAAUACUGGAGGCGAUCGCGACGCGCGGCAACGGCAUCCAACAUCUCAAUUUGAAGGGCGUCUGGGCGCGGGACUUCCCCCAUCUAUUGAGCGAACUCGUGAGAAGCUUGAGGGGCUUGAGGACGCUGCUUAUUCCUCACAUGGCUGACGAUGCAGUAAUCGAGGCGAUAUUGACUUUGGAAGAGCUCGUCGUGUUGGACAUUAGCGGUGAAGCUUGUUUUACAGAAGAGGGUAUCAGGCGAUUGAGAAGCGACACUUUGCAGGUAUUAGAAGUCGGAAUGUUCGGUAAAUUGAACGUCUGUCAGCAGGAUGACGCAGGAGCCGCACUCGUGGCUAAUUUGAUAGAGAAUUUGCCUAAUUUGAUAUCGUUGAAAAUUUAUUCGUAUACAGGUAGCGCAUUGUUAGUGUUUCACAAAAAGCACCCGAAACGGAAAACACGGUUGAAAUACCUUCAUGACGUCGGCACUACCAACGAAACCAUGGAUUGCAUGGUGAAAGUAUCUCCAGAUUUGGAGAAUAUCCAUUUAGACGCGGCUGAAGCUGGUGUAUUGGAAAAGCUCUCAACUUUUCGAAAUUUAUACAUACUAAAAUUAACCAAAUGCGACUUGCGGGAGUUCCUGUCUUUCAUCACCUUAUCAGGAGAUCGCCUUAAAGUUCUCAAGUUGAAUCACAGUAAAAAGGAGUCUUUAGAUUUAUCUCAAAUAUGCCUAUUCGCGCCGAAUCUUCAGAUCUUAGAAUGUUACCACAUGAAAUUAACAUUCAUGAAUCCCGAUACUUACUUCAUGAGCCUCAUCAACGUAGACCUGACGUAUUGUGAUAUGUCCGAUGAUGUCGUUAGAAUGGUAUUGAUGAAUUCUCCGUUUCUAAGGCAGGUCGUCAUCGGCUCCAUCAUCAGGAUGACUGACGGUGAUGUUUUCCGAUUGUGCGCCGAAUGCGACUUCUACAAUCUGGAAGAAUUGUGGAUUUCGUGCGCGCGAUCUCUAACCGUAAUCAGUGUGGAAUUGUUGAUGGGCCACUGCAGGAAUUUGAGACAGAUCGGCCAGUUGAACGGGUGGGAUUUGAGUUUGGACGAAAUCGAUUACCUCAAGAUAAUUAUAGCAAGUACUAACACCGAUUUGAAACUGCUUUAUACGGAUAAUUUCCAAUAA